UGAGUACCCAUAAGAAGACGUCUGUCUAUAGAUUUACAACAAAAACAUAAACAACUAUCUUCAAAACAAAACAUUUUCAUCGACGAUUAGUGAGAAAACUCAAUUUUCUGUAAUUGUAAUCAUUCUUUGACUGGUAAAAUAUAGUGCGUUUUAAACGAUGGGAAACCAACUGGUAGGAGUUGCUCCUUCGCAGAUUUUCCCGGUGGAACAUUAUCUAACUGGUGCUUUUGAGUCCGAGUUGCAGUAUGAAUCCAGCAUGGGAAGCACUCGCUUUCUCAAAGUUGCACGUGCUAAAUCCGAUGAAGGAUUGGUAGUGGUGAAGGUAUUUGUAAAACAUGACCCAUCCCUUCCGCUGGAGCAACACGUCGAUAAGAUUGAGUACAUUAAGAAGAAUCUUGCAAAUGCAGUGAAUUGUUUGCCUUUUCAACGUGUGCUGACCACCGAACGUGCAAGCCUGAUCAUUCGUGAGUACGUAAAGCACAGUUUAUACGACCGCGUAUCAACUCGUCCCUUCCUCACACUGAUUGAAAAGAAGUGGAUCACAUUUCAAAUCUUGUGUGCGAUGCACCAAUGUCACAAACAAAAAAUUUGCCACGGAGAUAUCAAGCUGGAAAACAUAAUGAUCACUUCAUGGAAUUGGAUUCUGUUAUCCGAUUUCGCGUCCUUCAAACCGACAUUUCUACCAGAGGACAACCCGGCAGAUUAUAGUUUCUUUUUUGACACUAGCCGCCGGAGAACGUGCUACAUAGCGCCGGAACGGUUUGUCAAGUCUGCCAGUGGCGAAACCUUGCCGCAGAAACCAGAUGUAUCACUGGUGGGAGAUGAUCCUUGUUACACGGGAAAUUUACAAUCCGAGAUGGAUAUUUUUUCGGCUGGCUGCGCGUUGCUUGAGCUUUGGACGGAAGGAACGGCUCCGUUUGAGUUUUCUCAACUUUUGGCCUAUCGGCGAGGAGAAGUUGAGCUGGUUAACAAACACCUGGAGUGUAUCGAAAACGACCGCUUGAAGAGUUUACUGCAAUCGAUGCUAAGUUUGGAUCCGAAAAAUCGAAAAUCAGCAGAGCUCUAUCUAGACCAGGAGAGAGGCAAACUCUUUCCAGAGUAUUUUUAUUUAUUUCUACAGUCGUAUUUACAGAUGUUCUCAACCAUUCCAAUCGUCCCUCCUGAUGAAAAGAUUGCGCGGUUACACACCGACGUUGAUAAAAUAAUUGAAUAUGUAACAGGUAAAGGAGGUAGUCAGCUGCCACAGAAAGAGUUAGAAGAGGUCGAUCCAGAACUGAAUGAUAUCGAGAAAUCCAAACAACAAUCUGAAGAUGAUGGUAUAAUUCUGAUUACCGCCGUGGUGUCUUCUUGUAUACGAGGUCUCAAGUUUUGCAGUUCUAAACUUGCAUCACUGGACAUACUUCGAAAACUCGCCGAGAACACCACAUCCGAAACUAUCCUUGACCGUAUUCUCCCAUACAUCCUACAUCUCGCGCAAGAUUCUACCCCGCGAGUUCGGGUUUGCGCUUUAGAUUCACUUACCCUCUGUCUCAGCUUGGUUAGAAACCUUUCCCGAAGUGACGCAAAUGUAUUUCCCGAUUACAUACUCCCCGCAAUAGCCCCUCUCGCUACUGAUUGCUCCACAAUGGUUCGUGUGGCCUACGCCAGAAAUAUCGCCACCCUAGCCGAAACUGCUGUGGGCUUUCUAGAACAAUCCCAAUACAGUUGUAGCUCCGAAAAUCAUGCUCCCCCACACUACGAAACGGAGCUCAGUGCUCUACACGAAAUGCUUCAUCAAUCUGUCUUAUCCCUUCUCACGGAUUCCCAACCGAUUGUAAAACAGAUGCUAAUGGAAUCCGGAAUUACUAAGCUGUGUGUGUUCUUCGGUCGUCAGAAAGCAAACGAUGUUAUUCUAUCCCACAUGAUCACAUUCUUGAAUGAUAAGGAAGACAAAAGCUUGCGUGGAUCUUUCUUCGAUUGCAUCGUCGGUGUUGCCGCCUUCGUUGGUUGGCACUGCUCUCCUAUGUUGAUACCCCUGCUACAGCAAGGUUUAACCGACCCGGAAGAGUUCGUGAUUGCCAAAGCGAUUAGGGCAACUACUUCACUGAUUGAGCUGGGAUUGAUUCAAAAGUUAGGGAUUAUUGAGUUCAUCGCUGAGUGCGCCUGCUACUUGAAUCAUCCCAAUUUGUGGAUCCGACAUGAGAUAUGUGGACUGAUAUCGACAUCUGCAAGGGUUUUGAGUGCUCUCGAUGUCCAAUGCAAGAUCAUGCCGUCGAUUGCUAAUCACCUAAAGACACCCUUGAUUCAGGUUGAAAAGCCGGAAUUGCUGAUGGAUAGUUUGCUGCCACCGAUUCCUAGAAAUAUAUACGACGCCAUGAUCAAGUGCAACGACAUCAAUCAGUUGAUCGAAGUCCUACGAGAGCGGAAAGUGGCUCGAAGCAAGUGCGGCGAAGGUUGUAUUCCACAGUACGGAGAGUUGACAACGCAGAUGAAAAAUCUCUUCCGACGACUUAGCACCGAAGGCCUGACGGACCUUAUCGAAGCUCAACUGCUGGCAAUGAGCGCCCACUUGAUAAAACUUCACCGCUACAAACUAGCGGAAACUCGUUUCUCGCAUAACAACGGUCGUAUUCAGCUAAACUCUACGCUCCUCCGUGUUGUUACUCUAGGGGAUCGUGGCAGCAGAGGUGAUCCUGUUUCCAAAAGCAAACAACGUAAAAGUGAAUCAGACAACCCCCAGGAAUGGCAGCACAUGUUUACCGCUGUGGACUCACACUCCCCAUCCCCUACAUCACCAUCAAAUGACUCGGUGACGUCUGUUCUAACCGCUACUAAUCUGGCUCCACCGACACAUUCGACUCCUUCUUCUAGCCUGGUAGAGUACAGCAUGCCCGAGCGCACCGCUAUGCAGGAGCGUUCCGCAGAAUGUAGAGUGGAAUUUGAAAAACUAGUUACAAAACUAAAGACUAGAUACGCUACCUAUGCGUUGAACAGGGAACUACGCGAUCCGACCAUAAAUGCAUCACCUCUUGCAUCGGGCUGGAAAAUGAACGGAACACUAGUAGCUCACUUGCAUGAACAUAAAGCAGCGGUUAGUAGAAUGACCACGCUAAAACCGUACGGAUCGCUGUUCGCCAGUGCUUCAAUAGACGGCACAGUACGGCUGUGGGACUGUAACAAACUAGAUGGUCAACAAUCGAUUAAUCGCUCUCGGCAGUCCUAUCAUGCAAAUACUCCAUUGCACGCCAUCGCCGCUUGCGAUGCAGGUCAAUCACUGGCCAUCGCUGGUAAAGAUGGUGCACUCUUGCUGUUGAAGAUUGAUACAAAUUCUAGUAAAAUGGCACUACAACAAGCUCGCCAUCUUGAUUCGAACACACGGGUAGAUAGGUCGAGUGAAGAGCCACACGGCGAUGGACCAGUAGUAGAAAUGCAAUCAUUGGACCAAGGAGCUCAGAGUGUGAUCGUUUAUGCCACACUCUACGGGGCCUUGGUUGGGUGGGAUAUCAGAAUGCCAGGUCAUGCAUGGCGCCUAGAAAGUGACCUACGGAAAGGAGUAAUCACAACAUUUUGUGUAGAUCCAACCAGUUCAUGGCUCACUGUCGGAACCAGCAGUGGUCGCCACAUAUGUUGGGAUCUACGAUUCUUGCUUCCAAUUGCUGAAAUCAAACAUCCGCACGACUCCAGAAUACGUCGAGUUUCUCACCAUCCAACUGAACCAUCAUGGCUAGUAUCAGCUUCCCAAGGUAAUAACGAAGUUUACGUGUGGAACAUAGAAACUGGUCAUCGUCAACAAGCAUUCUGGGCAAGCCCCAGUCCUCCACUUUCAAAUGCCAAUGUUUCGCCACACUCAGUUUGUUCACUUCUUCCGGGAGUUGUAGAUGGUAAUGGCUUCUUAUUAACCGGUGGAACUGACCAACGUAUCCGAUACUGGGACACAGUAAACGUAGAUAACUGCUCCUUGGUAGUACCAGCACCACGAGAUUACUUGGCAACGUCCAACAUUUCCUACGAAUCACGUCUCAUCGACGGCACCAGGGUUACAUCCGAAAUUCAUCCCAACAGCAGUGUCGUAGGGCCUGAUCGCAGCAACCGAGCUGGCUCGGAAGAUGUGCCCCGAUCGGGACCGGAAAUGCCUGCUCCAGGGCAUCACGAUGUCAUUAGCGAUUUGCUGAUGUGUCGAACGCCGAGGCAAUCUUUUGUGAUAUCUAGCAGCCGGGAUGGGGUCAUCAAGUUGUGGAAAUGAGCACUAUCGUAGCUAUAGGAGAUUAUCGGCUGACUUAAUAAAUAUAAUGAAUUUAUAUUAUAUUAUUUAGAAGUUUACAUUAAUCUUCUUCAUCUAUUUUUUGGUAAUAAGUGAAUAUUCAUGCUUUCAA